GGCGACAGUGCUGCAUUCUAGCUGGUUGCCACGUGGCACAAAUAUAGCUGACAGACAAGACAAGCAUCGAGAGGAGGAGGCGGCGAAUACCCACCCUUUCCGGCUGGUUGUCAUCCGCUGUUUUUUCUUUUCCCCCCCCCUCCCUCCUCCUUCCCCCCCCCUUCUUGCUUCAUUUGCGGCGUGCCACGUGUCUACGUCGGAGCAAUGAAGGAUCCUGGAGAGCUCUCCGAAUCGAAAAAGUACUCAAAAUGGAAAUCUUUGGCUCCUGUCCUCUACGACUGGUUCGGCAAUCACGCUCUGGUGUGGCCAUCGCUAACCUGCAGAUGGGGUCCAGUGCUGGAUUCAACUCCUCGCCAUACGAAGCAGAGAGUAUAUUUGUCAGAGCAGACGGAUGGAACCUGGCCAAACACAAUAGUUGUCGCGAAUGCUGAAGUCCUGAAGCGCCGUGUCGCAGUGAAGGACGAUAUGUUUCAGUUCAGAGACGACAACAAGCCCCCAUUCAUUAAGAAAUGCAAGACGAUUAUUCACCCAGGAGAGGUCAAUAGGUUACGGGAGCUUCCUCAAGCCAGCAACAUUGUUGCCACUCACACAGACAAACCACAGGUCUUUGUUUGGAAUCUAGAUACGCAGCUUGCACGACAGACUGUUCCGGGGGCAGUCCCCUCCAGGCCUGAUCUGGUGCUUGAUGGCCAUAAGGAAAAUGCAGAAUUUGCACUCGCAGCAUGUCGUGUGGCCCCCUAUCUGCUCAGCGGAGGGAAGGAUACUGAAGUUGUGCUAUGGUCCAUCAUUGACCAUGUUACAAGCCUGAACCAAGCAAGGUUACCCCUCUUCACAGUCUCUGUGAACCAUGGAAUGUGCUUGCCCUUGUGCUGUAGGGCGAGGUCGAGGAUAUGCAUCAUGCAGCUGACGCGGAAUAUCCAUGGGUACUUCUUCUCCACCAUCUUUCUUGCCUUAACAUAGACCCUUGCAAUGUCCACCUGGACUGCAAUAUCCAAGACAAUGAAGUAAGCCCGGUGGU